CCAUGGCCAAGCUGCUGCAACUGCCCCCUAAGUUUCUCCCCACGGAAUGGCACAUCGCCAACAAGACCCAGUAUUCCACCGCCGAGGCCCAGCGAUCCCGCUCAGAGCGCCUCGUGGAUGAGAGCCAGCGGUUGGUGGAUGAGAUCGAAAGGACAACGCAGAAGACCCAAAGUGAUGUGAACAAGAGAAUAGAGCAGAGGCUCGAAGAGAUCAAAUUCUGGAAGCAACAGUUGGAUGACAAACUUGACCAGAUUGCGAAGGAGACUGAGGUGCUUUUGACCUUUGGGACUCGGCUGGAGAAGGCCUUGCAGAGCUGCAGAGAGCCGCUCUUCAUCGUACAGGAGUGUCUCCUAAACCGGCAGCGGCGGGUUGGGAUCGAUCUGGUCCACGACGAAGUAGAGCGGGAGCUGAUCAAGGAAGCCGAGGUCCUCCAAGGUGUGAUUGCUCUGCUUGAACGCACCCUGGAACAAACCAACGAGCAGAUUCGGCUAAAUCGCUCUGCCAGAUACAAUCUGGAAAUGGAUCUGAAGGACAAAUUCACUGCGUUGACCAUUGACAACUACUGCUCCACCCUGAACAAUAACACACCUGAUAUUCAAUACGCCCAGAAUGUCGUGACAGUGGAUAACAGCUCAGUGAGCCCACAGGAAUGGGUCGAAUUCUCGAAUGUGAAUGUUGAAAAGGCAGACAAACAGCGGAACAAUUCCUUGGCGCUCCGUGCCUUGAUCGACAGUAUCCUGUCCCAGACUGCGAGUGACAUGCGCAAACAGAACAAGACGGUGAAUGUUGCCUUUCAAAACAGGGUGAAGGAGACGAAGGAUGCCAAGGCCAAGCUGGAGAAGCACCUGGCAAAGGUGAUGGAGCAGAUUAAUUCCCAAGAGAAGAAUAUCUCUGCCCUGAAGAAGGCUAUCCUCGACAAAGAAGGGCCAGCCAAGGUGGCAGCAACGCGCCUGGAGACCCGGACUCACCGACCCAACGUGGAGCUCUGCCGGGACAUGGUGCAGUAUCGGCUCAUCAAGGAGGUCCACGAAAUCAACCACAACAUUCAAAGGCUGACGGACACGCUGGCUCAGGCUGAAGCAGAGCUGAAGGGGCUGAGCCGCCGGCAGCUGUCCCUGGAGGAGGAGAUCCAAGUCAAAGCGAACACCCUCUACAUCGAUGAAGUGCUUUGCAUGCAGAUGAGGGAGUCUAUCUCCAUCAACAACUUCUAACGCC